GCUCCAGUCGCUGCAAGUACGUCAGUACAUCAUUUGCAGCUCCAGAUCAUGUCGAACGGAGCGUACGACCGUCGCGGCAGCAGCAUCGCGGCCGAUGUGGACGCUGCCAUCGAGCGUGUGGUGGAUCACUUUGAGAGCAGCGACCUGGCGCUGCGUCUGGAUGUGCUACGGGCGUUGAGUGCCCAAGCGAAGCUGGCAUUCGAGACCACGCGUGUACGGGAGCACCUCGCCAAGCACCCGGUGUCCAUGGACUUGAUCCAGGGCGUGACGAGCCAGUCGUCCGUGUAUAAGAUGCUGGCCGAUAAGCUGACGGUGGAUAGCUGCAGCUGCGACUACGAUGCCAAGCGGAAUGUGGUCAUGACCACGAACGUGCGCUGGACGCUCAAGCCGAAGACCAGUGAAAAGCCCACAAAGAAGCGCAAGAAAUCGAUGACCUCAGUGGCGAAGGAGGAGAAGGGACCGAUGAUCACCAAGUACAAGUUUGAGAGAGUGAGACAGGAGAAGGAAGAGGCCGAGGAACAGGAGACGCUCAUCAAAUUCACUGUCGUUGUGGCCUUCGGAGACGACGAUGCGAACCCGAGAGAGCUGCUGCAUUUUGAAUUGGCCUGCGAGUAUGUGUACCCCAAAAGUUACUACGAGGAUCAGAAGCAGUUGCCGUCGGAUGACGAAGAUGAGAAUGACGAAAACGAGAAGAGUGCGAAGAAAGAGGAGCAGAAUGACGAGGGAUCUGACGAGGAGGAAAAGGACGAGAAGACUUUUGGUGAGGAACUGCGUGGCUUCCGCUUCGACAACGAGGUGCUUGCUGCCAUGGGCGAGUGGAUGGGAGCAGAUGACGAGGAGCUAGACCCUGUGGACGUCAUUGGCUUUUUCAUGGCGCUGCCUGUUCAUGAGGACGAGUGGCUUGUGGACGAACGCGUGUGCGAGAUUCUCUUCCAGGGUGGAAUGGGAGCUGACAGCGACGAGGAAGGUAGCAACAGCGACAAUGAGGAGGAAGACGACGAGGACUGAGCGCUUCGUGACAUGUAGUGACGCCUCCACAGCAAUGUAAAUAUAUCUAGAGCCAUACUGUCGAGACUGCUGCAGGACAUGCGAGGUAACAUUAUGCUAUUUUUCACGAUGCAGAGGAUCCCAUGCCAGUAGUUUCGCCAAUCCAAGUCUAGUAUUGUCCAU